GGCGCCGGUGGCCGCAGGACUGGAGCCCACACAGCCGAUCGGCUUCCUGCAGCUCUUCCGCUUCUCCACCUGCGGGGAGAUCGCGUGGCUCUUCUUUGGGUUCCUCAUGUGCUGCGUCAAGGCGUUGACCCUGCCCGCAGUGGUCAUCAUUUACAGCGAGUUCACAGCACCCUCUCCGCUGCCACGAACAUCACCACGCUGUCGUUUCCCUUCACGAUGGCCAACAGCAGCGGCGGCGGGUACACCAUUCCCACGGGGACCCUGAGCAUCCUUCUCAUCGCGGCGAACGCCCAGCUGCCGACCAUCACGACAACGGCCAGUGGCUACGAGCCCAAUGACGUCAUCACCACGAUCCCCGUCUCGCUCUCCAUUCAGCGCUUCCCCUCGUCCCUGUCCAUAGUGGACCUGGCCCAGGAGCAGGACGGCUACAGCAACAGUGGCUCCAGCAACGGCAUGACCGUGGGGCCGGGUGCGGGCGGCGGCGGCGGCAUCACCACCACGGCCCUCCUGUCCGUGAAGCCCCUGAACGGAAGCGGCAACGGCAACAUUUCGCGGAACAACAGCUUCAGUCUGAGCUUCAACCUGCAGGACCCCACAGUGCGCUCCUCGGUGCGUUCGGCAGGAGCCCCCACAGUGGAUACAGUGGACAACUCUUCAUCCGGUGGCACGAUCGCCCUGCCCCAGAGCAGCGCCACGGCAACGGCAACGGCCACGAGUGCUACCUCAACCCUCGCCAAACACAGUCCCGAGGCCAAGACAGGAGAGGUCUAUGUCUGAGCGGAGGAACAGGACACCUAUUCCGACCCAUCCACUGGAUUAUAGCUUUAUUAUUGAUUUAUGUGGAACCAAUCCAUGAAGAGGAUGGUAGAAGAACACAGAUCUAAGAAAUUCUAGGCUCCUUUGUACAGAUACAGAUACAGUUACAGAUGAUCGACGAGGCAGAUGAAGCGGUGUGACACGUCGGGCGACUAACGAGCCCCUUAACUUGUUUGCCGCCCAACUAAACUGUUAAAAAUUCUUAAUUAACGCCAAUAAGGAAUACAUUAAAAUGCCGACGCCAAGCCAAGCAGCC